GUUGCAUUAUUAGACUUAUGGUUCCUUUGGUGGAAAUUUCAUACUUGUUAUCCGAGACCAGGUUUUUUUUAUCCCUUUUCUAGAAAUUUCAUCUGAAGAAACGGAUGGGCUUCUCAUCCUUCUGGAAAAUGCUUGCUCUAUAAUCUCCAUAUAUCUGUCUGUGAAAGUAAUUCUCUAUACCCAUUUCAGAUAGAACAUGAAUUCUUUGACCACACAAAUCGUGACAUGGCUGACGCAGGUAGCAGUAUGAAAAUUUGUUGUUUUUGUUUCAACUGUUGUUGGACUUGUUUGUUAUGCUCUCAGCUCCUCCUUCAGCUGUCUAUUUGGAGAAUGGAGCAUGUUGAAGAUCUUCAUCUUCCUUUGGAGUCUGUUUCCAAAGACACCACAUCAUACGAGAAUCUUCGAGUCCAAGAUGAUUCUGUAGUGAUUGAUGUCAACAAUGCUAGGAUGAUGCAACAACUAAUGACUUGUAUCAGUGCGCUUCAGCGUGGAAACUCAAAUCUCACCAACAUACUUUUUGAGUACCUUGAUGAUAAAUCUGAAGUAGCAGGUAUUGACCAUAACCCAUUUGUUAAGGUAAUUGUUCGGCCAGAUGUCAAGGAGAAUCCAAUGACCUGUUGUGUCAUGGACUACUUGGAGCUAAUUUUAGAACAAUUCGUAUGUUAGCUGAUAGAACAGGUACAACUUCUUCGAUUUCUAAUUGUAAAAUUGGAUCCUUCUGAUUUUCAAAAGUAACAAUUUUGAUGCCUUCGUCCAUUUGCCCGAGUUGAUCGUUACCUAAUAACAUUGACCAAUCUAAUUGUUAUGUGGCACAAUGAUUUAUUGGUUAUUAGUGAAUAAUUGGGAUUAUUAGUUUGAUUUUGUUAAUAGUAAAUUAAUUAAAAUACUUUUAUAACAGAUUUGAGAAGCCUCACUGGAUCAUCUUUGUGUGAAUCCGCAUAGAUUUGUACAAGAUCAAUAAGGUGCUCCAGAUAGAUUUGAACAAGACCAUAUAUACCCUUUGCAAUCAACAGUCGGUUGCAAAACAUCACUAUCACAAUUUAAUGGCUUCAAUCCACAAUUAAGUGCAAUGCCAUUGCUGCUUUCAGUAAGAUUUUUUCACUCCAAUUCCUUCUCAAAUUCCAAGUAACAGCAUUCUAAUAGAAACUCGGUGUUACGAACAUAACAAAUAUGUCUUAUCACUAUAGGCCAGUUGGUCCAAGUGACACAAGGACACAAGAAAUGAGUGUUGGGCCCCAUAAAAAGAGACCCAAGCUUGAGAAGACUACUUCAGUGUGGCCGAAGGACUACGUUGGACACUAGCUCUACCAUUUAGUUUUAAGAGUAAUUACUUUUAUCACCUAAAAUUGAUCAUUUUCAUAUUUUUAUUAGAAUCUGAGUUCUGUUUGAAUUUAUUACUCGUAUCCUCAGGUUGUUAGGGGAAAAAUCUAUCCUAUAUGUAUCCAAGCACGGAAUGAAAGAAGGCAGAGAAAUCAUUACUCAGAAAUUCCCUUUUCAGUCUCUUUGCUAUUUUGGAGUUACUCUUACUUGAAACAAGUCCUCAUUCCUUUACUCCUCUCUAUCACUCGGCCAGAAAAACAGAAAAAUAAUAAAAUAAAGAACAGAGAGAAAAGAGAUGAAGCUGAAUUAAUAUGAUUGCAGAAGCAUAAGGGAAGAUAAAGAACAGAAAAGUACAAAUAUGUGUGGCAAUAAGAUUAGAAAGAUUAGAAAGACUAUAACAAAAGGAAUGAGGACUCUUAUGAAAACUCAGCAAUGUCACAACACGUGUGGCAAUAAGAUUAGAAAGAUACAGAAUGAUAAGAACCACUACACGUUAUCAUGAUGGAUUUAGUAAGACUAUAACAAAACUCAGCAAUGUCAGACAAAAGGACAAACCCACUUGCAUUGCCAUUAUUCCAGCAGUUAUGAGAAGCACUAAAUGAUUAUGAGCUUAAAACCUUUCAUCAACACAACUUUUUGGAGUUUGUCAGCCAAGUAUUCCGGGGGCGACUUAAUAUGCACUAGUAGUAAGAUAGUCACUGACCAGAGUUGUUGAGGAAGAAACAAGUCAGGUCAUUGGAUAAUGAACAUAUGUCGAAGUUGGGGCAUUGCAUCUUUCUCUAAUCUCCAAUAUUUGACUCUUAUUCCUCUUAUAUGAAACACUUGGAGUUGCAGGAAGUUUCCCUUGCAGAAAACCAUAUUAAGCACAACAUAAUCGUGUUUUGCAAUUAGUUUCAUAUAAUUAGCUUAUAAUA